AAAGAAAAAAGCAGAGGUGCAGAAACUAGAGCAGCGCAUUUACAGCCCUGCGAGACUUUCGUGAGAGCCGUAUCAGCGCUGCAAUGCUUGGAUCGACUUAACGCUUGUGAGUUUAGCAGCAGUACAGCACUGAGAGAAGAGUUGUUCAAAGUGGAGGACGAGCGCAAGGCAAAGGAACGGAGAAUUACAUUGUGAAGAAUAAGUCGGGGAACAAAGUAAAAGAAGGCAGCAGGACAUACGAGAAGAAAGAAGGCGCGCUUUGUUCCACCUUGUCACGGCUACAUUGAUAUGGCAUCGGUCCUUGGGAACAACACUCGGGCUCCAAACAGCCAACUCAGAGGCAAGUUCAAAAGGAGGAGGAGGAGGCGGUCCAAGCGGAAAGAAAAAUUGAACAUGCUUUCUGCUUUCAUUGGUCCUUUUAAAUACUUGAAUCCAGUGACUACUAGCACUGAGGAUGAAGACAAUUUAAGUACCAGCAGUGCAGAAGUCAAGGAGAAUCGAAACGUAGACAAUCUGGAGGAGUGCUCCAUUGUGACGGUGGAUCGUCAGUCGUUCUGCUGUGCCGAUGCAUCCAGAGGAGGGACGCCAGGUCUGAAAAGGAAAAGGCCUUUAGAAGAAGGAAAUAGCCGCCAUCUGUGCAAACUAAAGCUCAUCUAUAAAAAACUCUCCUGGUCAGUCACACCAAAGAAUGCUCUCGUUCAGCUCAAUGAGCUUAAGCCAGGUUUACAGUACAAAAUGGUCUCUCAGACUGGACCAGUUCAUGCACCUGUGUUUUCCAUAUCUGUGGAGGUGAAUGGUCUCACAUUUGAGGGCUCGGGGCCAACGAAAAAGAAAGCCAAGAUGCGUGCUGCUGAGAUGGCCCUUAAGUCAUUUGUUCAAUUCCCAAAUGCUUCUCAGGCCCACUUUGCAAUGGGGAUGCUGAGCAACGCAUCCACAGACUUCACCUCUGACCAGGCUGACUUUCCCGACACUCUUUUUAAGGAGUUUGAGCCUGCACCGCAUGGCAACAGCUUUCCGUGCUACAAACCUACAGAAAAUGAAUUGCUUUCCAGUGCUUAUCGACAUGGGAGAUUACUUUGCCACACGUUGGACUUAAUGGUCCAAGCCAAACAAAACAAGCACAAGAUGGUAUCCCCGACCGAGAGCGAAAAGAAUCCAGUGGAGCUGCUAAAUGAGCUGCGACCUGGACUGAGGUACAUUUGCCUCGCUGAAACAGUAGAGAGGCAACACAUCAAGAGUUUCAUAAUGGCAGUGAGGGUUGAUGGGAGAACAUUUGAAGGCUCUGGACGCAGUAAGAAGCAGGCAAAGGCUCAGGCUGCACAGACUGCUCUGCAGGCCCUCUUUAACAUCAGAAUGGUACCCGAGGGAAAAACAAGCCGCAUAUACAGCAGGAGCAAAUGCUGUCACUUACCGCAGGAGUUUGCAGACUCAGUAUUCCAGUUGGUGACACAGAAGUUCCAGGAGCUUGCCAACAGAUGUUCAUCCCUGUACUCACGUCACAAAUUCUUGGCAGGAAUCAUAAUGACUAGAGGCUUAGACAUCAGACAAGGACAAGUGGUUGCACUUUCAACUGGCACCAAAUGUAUUAAUGGUGAAUAUAUCAGCGACCAGGGACUUGUUGUCAAUGACUGCCAUGCUGAAGUUGUUGCACGGAGAGCCUUUGUCCGAUUCCUUUAUUCUCAGCUGGAGCUGCUGCUAAGCAAGCAGGGAGAGGACUGGGAACAAUCCAUCUUCAUCAAGCGUAAGGAGGGCGGAUACAAACUGAGGGAAAACAUCCAGUUCCAUAUGUACAUGAGCAGCUCGCCUUGUGGAGAUGCACGCAUCAACUCUCCAUAUGAAAUCACAGCCAACUUGCAUAGCAAUAAGCACAUUGUGAAGAAAUUUCAUAGUCAUCUUCGGACAAAGAUAGAGUCAGGAGAAGGAACCCUUCCAGUGCGAUCCAGGAGUCUGUUUCAAACAUGGGAUGGCGUGUUACAGGGAGAACAACUCAUUACAAUGUCUUGUACAGACAAAAUUGCCAGAUGGAAUGUCCUCGGUAUCCAGGGAUCUCUCAUCAGUCAUUUCACUGAGCCCAUCUACUUAGACAGCAUCACUGUGGGAAGCCUUCACCAUACUGGCCACUUUGCAAGGAUAGUAAACUAUCGGUUAGAACGUAUCAGCCAGUUACCAGCAACCUAUAGACAUAACCAACCACUGCUCAAUGGGCUCAGCAACACUGAAAGUCGUCCUCCUGGAAAGUCUCGCUGCUUCAGCCUUAACUGGACCAUCGGAGACAAUGAAUUAGAAGUUAUUAGCACCACAACAGGGAAAAAAAAAGACUCUGGAGGUCCUUCCCGCCUCUGCAAGCACAUUCUCUUCUCUCGCUGGGCUAAACUUUACCAGAAGCUGAGCAUGCAAGUGCCAAACAGGGGAGAAACACCACUGAUGUACUGUGAAGCAAAGCUGGCAGCUCAGACGUACCAAACUGUCAAACAGCAAUUCUUCCGAUCACUGCAGGAUGCCGGUCUGGGCACAUGGAUGAAGAAACCACCUGAGCAGGAGCAAUUCCACCUGCCUGUGUAGGAAAGAGCAGACUGCAAGAUGAAGGAGCGUGUCUCUUCUCGAAAAUGCGUAGACAUUCAGAAACACAGCCCACUGGUGUCCACGUGUUGACCACUCACUCUUUGGAGGUACUGAGGAACCUGGCAUGUUGGAUCCCGAAUCUGUUUUUGAGUGGUUGUUUAAAAAGAUAAUAAGAUUUUUGGCAAAAUCACAAUACAGGGAAGUGUUCUUCAUCAUACAUUUAACACUGUUGGAGAAGUGACCAUCUCCACAUUUUAGAAUUAGAAUUAAAUAGCAGUGAAUAAUGUUUAAAACCAGAAAUAUACUGUUAAACAACAAACCCUAGACUAGGGGUCGUUUUAUUAGGUACACCUAGCAUAAAGUGACCAGCUAUUCCUUUGCAAAGCCUCGUCAGAGUAUGGCCUCUAUUAACGUAGGUGAUGAAGUCCCACCAUAGAGAUAUGGGGCUUGAAAGUGCUCCUAUUCGCAAAGAUCCUUCUAGAUCAAUCCCCAUUUGUGAGCAAAGUACAGGAUGGUUACCUUGUGGCACGGGUCAAACAUCUAGAAAGGAUUAAAGGGAACAUAAGAAAUUUGACAAACGAGGUUAAACCAUUCAGUUCAAGUUUGUUUGUUUUGUUAAUAGCUAAGCUGUCCCAAUAUCUCAUCCAGAUAUAUCGUAAAGGUUCUGCUUCAACUACAUGUCUCAGUAGCUUGUUGUAGAUUCCCACAACUCAUUGCUUAUAAAAGUGCUUUCUGACUUCAGUCCUAAAUGCACUUCUUUUAAUUUCCACUGACAUCCUCAAGUAUGGCUGUUAGGUCUACUUUAACAAUGCUUUUGAGAUUUUUGAAAACCCCACAAAGUCUCCUAAACUAGACAGGUUUAACUGUGUGAGUCUGUCAGAGUACGACAUGCCCUUAAGUCCUGGGAUGCACCUGGUUGGUGUCCUCUGCACCGCUUCAUGUGCCGUUAUGUCUUUUUUGUAGCAUGAUGACUAGAAUUGCAUACAUCAAGCUUAAAUUCAGAUGCUUGGCGUUGGAAUCUAAAGGCCAGGGUCUAAGGUAGAGCUGGGCCCUUGAAUGUUUUCUAAUCUGCAAACACCAUGACAAGUCCCAGCCAUUCUCGCAGUAACUCUGACCACAUGCCUGGGCACUGUUUGCUUGAUGAGGCAAUUUCUGGAUACAUUGAGUUUUGUAGCUGGGUGUCUUUCUCAAUUCUUCAGCAAUUACAAAAACACCAGAAUGAAACAGACUUCAUUGUUGCUUCUUGGUUAAUGUUAAUAGGGGAAACUUACAGUAUUUCUCCCUGAAACACAAACUGAUUUGAUCAAACUAACUUGUCGCUGCAAGCCAGAGAUACCUGAUGUGUGUCUAUUGUUCAAACUUUUAUUCAUGAAUUGGCCCGUGUGUGUUCUUGCUCACCCUGUGAUGAACUGGUGCCCUGUUGCUCUUGCCAUGCACCCAGUGAUUGCUGGGAUAGGCUCCAGCUGCCCUGUGACCUUGCCCUAGAUACAGUAAGCAAGUUAAGAUGAUGGAUGGAUUUUCACAGCUCAGGUCAUUCAUCUCCUUUACAUCGGAUUCUAAAACCAGUGAAAUCCUCCUCCAAAUAUCCAGCUGCACCCGUCCUGUCUUGACUGCUUUUGACGGUCCUUUUCAAACUUCCUGGCAGCGUUUUCUGCCGAUUGAUAAUGAUCCAAAAUAACAGCAUUACAAUUCUUGUUUUUAAACGUAAUGCUUUAUGUUCAUAUUUAAAAACAAUAUUUUUUCCAGGAGUUUGACUGGAAUUUGUCAUCCCACAUUUGUCCCAUUUGACCGCUCAUUCCUGGUCACAUGAGAGUGAAAGAUCCCACGCCCAUAUGUUUUAUGUUGUAUCAGGUUGGGUCCUGCAGGAUUCCAGUCCUGAUGUGCCCUCUAUGAUUGAAGAAGAUUAGAUCUACAACACUGGAGUGCAGUUUAUGGAAUGUCCAAUCUGUGGGCCUGCAGUUUAGACUUAAUGUAGCCUCGGGUCACAAACAGCGACAGAGCAUUUUGUCUGGAUUGGCCCAGUGUGACUAAAAUGGUUUGUUUAUGGACAUCAUUAAAAGUAAUCAAGUGAUUAAUCUGAAUAGUUACAAAAUUAUACAGUAAUACAAUGCUCCUGCCUAUCGAAUGAUUAAACAUUGCAACUGAAGUUGAAAAUGCUCAAUAAAUGAAUGAUAAUAUUGGAAUUGCUACUGGAGAUCAAAUACAUGAGUAUAUUUUAGAGUCCAUAUACUGCUGAAUUCUAAGAAACGCAAAAGAAGAAUCUGGUAACUAUCUGGAAGGAUGUGAAAACAUUGUUGGACACAUUCGAUUAAGUUAGACACGUUCAUUUUGUUUCUGUGCUAUACAACUAGCUACUGCUAAAGCUUUCCAUUAAGUAAAGUCAAAUUUCCAGUAAUAGUAAAAACUGAAGAAAAGCAAAGCCAACAUUUUUCAAGACAGUGUGCUCCCCUGACUCUGUAGGCAGCACUGCCACCUAGUGUCCAAGCAGCUCAAAUCACACAAGAGCUCUUUCUUCGCUCAUUGCCUUUUCAUUUGAAUUAUUACCCAUGCGUGCAUAAUACACACACUAGAAAUGCAGUGUACACAACCUUCCAUUAAUGAGUUACCCUAUUAGUUAUACUUGAGCAGAAAUUGAUGCUCGUGUAAAAUAUUACAAGGUUUAUUCCAUAGAGCGAAAUGUAUACAAGUUGAAUCUGAACUAACAAAGAGCACGUCUCUGUAAUCUGAAUUUUGAGGAAUGAGUGUUCGCCUCUUAAUAUUUACGUUUGCAAGUCCUGAACUGUUUUUUGUUUUUUUGUUAAUAAUAGAAAAUUUCAGGUCAUCAGGUGUGCAAUGUUGUCCUUAAGCCUCGAUGGUAUGUAUUUCGGAAAUCAACUCCAUUGGUUUUACUCUUCUAAAAUAAAAAAGAAACAAUCUCCAUGUCCAUAUUCCAAUGGCAGCAAAAACUGGGAUAUACAAUGUUUCAUUUAAACAAAAAGAAAACUGUAUAAAGUGUACAAAAAUGUUCUGUGUGUUCUUUUAUAAAGGGCAUAUAGUAUUUAGAACAAAGAAGUUGAGUAUCAGAGGAGGCUGCUUCUGAGACACAAUUUUAGUAUCUGUAUAAUAGCUGUGAAUGAAAAAAAAAAAUAGGAUUUGCGGGUAUAUGAUAGAAUUUUCUAAUUAAAUUGUAUGAUAUGGUAUGUAAUUUAGAUCAGCCGCUGAAGAUAUGUUUUGAUUUUUCCUUCCAAGACAUAUUAUUUCUACUUCUGUACAUGAUUUUCUGUUUUUUUUAAGGAGAUACUUUGACAUUUUAGGAUAUAUAAUAAAGAGAAGCGAUAGGGAACCCUAACAUCCAAAUGUAAUUUAAAAACCAUGUACUCCCUCUCUCUCUAUAUAUACACAGACAUAUGCACACACUUACACAAAUCUAUACAGUAUAUAUUUUUUAUAGAUCUGAUAGUUUUACCCACUUCUCUUUUUUAUUGUGUAUUAUCACUUUCACAGCAGCAGUCCUUUUAUCUUUUGCAGCUCAUUUUGAGGAAAGCUUGCACAAGUGAAGUAAAGCAGAGAUAAAUGAAAAAAGGCAUGAUAACUGAAUGGCAAUACUGUAUUAAUGGAUGUAUAUUUGUAAGAUUUGUACAAAAAUAAAUAAAUGAAUACAAUUAAAAAUA